AGGUUCACAGCUCAUGGAGGUUUGAAGUUUUGUUUUUGUGAUACAUGUGGAUUUUUACUAUUGUUUUGGGAUUUACGGAUUGCAUAUUUAAUUAUGGAAUCAAUAAAACCAAGAAUGGCCGAAUCCCCUCAACCUGGAGUAGCAGCCAAAAAAGAACUUAGUCCAAAGCCAAACCAGUUUCAGGUAUCAACUGUAGUGCUCUACGGUGUCCCGAUUGUUUCCUUAGUCAUCGAAAACCAGGAGAGGUUAUGUUUAGCGCAGAUAUCUAAUACAUUACUGAAGCAGUUUAGUUAUAAUGAAAUACAUAAUCGACGAGUUGCGUUAGGAAUAACAUGUGUACAGUGCACUCCAGUCCAACUUGAAAUCCUACGAAGAGCUGGAGCAAUGCCGGUCUCUUCUAGAAGAUGUGGUAUGAUAACUAGACGGGAAGCAGAAAGACUUUGCAAAAGUUUUCUUGGAGACAAUGCUCCACCUCGUUUACCAGACGAUUUCGCCUUUGCGGUGCAUCAUGAGUGUGCUUGGGGCUGCAGAGGAUCUUUCCUACCUUCGCGGUACAAUUCCUCGCGAGCAAAAUGUAUCAAAUGUUCCGUGUGCGGUUUAUUCUUCUCGCCGAAUAAGUUCAUUUUCCAUUCGCAUCGCUUAAGCGCUAACGACAAAUACGUGCAACCGGAUGCGGCUAACUUUAACUCGUGGAGACGUCACAUGAAGCUUAGUGGAAGCCCCCCUGAAGAAAUCACUCAUGCUUGGGAAGAUGUUAAAGCUAUGUUUAAUGGAGGAACACGUAAAAGACUACUAGCAAGUUCGUUAGUUUCCAGAACUCCAAAACAGAGCAAAAUAGAGCCGCAACCACAACCUAUAGUUCCAGCACCCAGAAUACCGAACUGCCAAGAUAUACCUUUACCGAUAUCUAGAGUCGCAAUGGACUUUAUCUACCAUAAACCUUUAGCUUUUACCUCUUAUUCUUCUUUUCCUUGGUUGAAACGCAAUCCCAUCUUGUUUCCUCAAGACAAUCCUUUCUUUCCUAUGGAUAAAAGCUAUCAAUCAGCGUUUAAACCAGUACAACCGGUUGUGGAUAGGCCAGUUUCCCAAAAGGACGAAGAAAGCGACGAUGAGGUUGAUAUUGAGACUACUGACGAUAAACCAGAUGCUGCCCCAAAUUGGGAAUUUAAGGAGGAAAAGGUUGCAUCAGUCGAACCCUCUCCUAGUUCUCAGUCAACUCCUGAGCUAGCUGGUCAACGAGAAGAUAUCUCUGCAAUAUCGCAGAAAAUAUGGAACUUGUCAAGACUGUCUUUCGACAACACAGAUAGGACAAAUUUCUUAUACAGGCAGGACUUGCAUCGACAUUUUCUAAUAGGCGCAGGGGAUGAACCUUCAUCGAUAUUGAGAACUUCAGUUGGAAUGGCGAUGAAUCUGAAACCAAACGUAGACUGUUCCACUUGUCUGAAUCACAAUAAUGGCGUAUUUUCUUCCUCUGAGAGCAGUAAUAAAGUCACCUAAAUUUAGAGAAAGAAUACUACAAACGAAUUGUAUCAUAACGUUGUUUAAGUAGGAAUUGAAGUGCAAUAUGAAUUAUUUGUAUUAUGUAAUAUAGUAGUAAAUCAUAUUAAUAAUGUUAUCGGUUCUAAUAUAAAUAAAUAGUAGAAACAAAUUCA